AUGAUAAUAUUUACCAACGUGGGAAGAUUGGAUAACGAAGAAAUCACUUUUAGAAGAAGAGCUUUAAGAGAUGCUGUUAUUUGUGUUGGAUGGAUAAAAAUCAGUUCUGUGGUUUGUUAUUUGAUAAUGUUCUUUCUGUCGUUUAUGAAUACAAAUACGACAAUGGGUUAUAUAAUACAAAUUAUGACUUUACUACCAAUUGUGCCUCAGGUUGUGCUUGCUGUUUUAUUGUUUUUGGGAGCGGUUGAGCGACGUGUUCCAGUUCUAAAGAUGGCAAUAUGGAUGUGUGUGGUGAUAGGUGGUUACAAUGCCUUGCUGGGAACAAUAGGCUUUGCCUACUAUAUACGGACUGGGUAUCUGACGAUGCACUUUCUGUUAGCUGUGAUGUUUGCUGUACUCGCCGUAUCAAUAUUUGCUGUACUGUGCAACGAUAUACUUUUAAUACAAAGUUACAAACAAGUGCUAACCCAAUCUGUUCCGACAUUGCCAACCGAGACAGCGAUAUCAGUCGAUACCUAAGUUUGAAUCAUACAAG